GACACCACCUCUCAAUUUUUCUGAGAAAAUAAAGUUAUUAAAAAGUGUAUAAUUCAGACGAAAGGAAGGGCAGUAUUACUCUCCACGCAGGAAUAUUGCGUUUUUAAGUUUUAUUAACACACACUGUAAUAGCGACUCUAGCUAACUUUGCUAAUUUUACGUGGCAAUCGCAAUAUCAACAAUACAAAAACCACUAUAGCUGAUAAAAACGAAAAAAAAAAACAGUUUUACUUAGACAAAAACAUGUCUCUUUUGAGAGAUCACAAGAUCCUGCGUAUUUUGCUCAUUGUCCUUUCUCAAUUUGCUUACAUUGUUGCUUUGAUUAUCAACGCGCUCGCGGGAUCAGGAAAAGGUCCAUUUCAGCGCAGCACUGGAAAUAUAUCAGACAGAUAUCAGACAGAGAUCACUCCUGCUGGAUGGACUUUUUCGAUAUGGGGUGUCAUCUAUUCCUGGCUCUUCCUGAUGAACGCAUAUACCCUGACCUGGCUCUGUAGAGGGUUGUACUCAAGUCCAGCAAUCCUGCCCUCUGAAUUCUUUCUCUCAUGGAUCAUCAACAUGAUUCUGAACAGUACCUGGCUGGUCUUGUGGGAUAGAGAAUUGAUGAUUCCUGCACUGACUGUUCUUGCCCUGAUUGCUUUCACCAACUACCUGAUGAUCUUCUUCUCUUGUAUUGGUCUACGAGCUCAUGGAUCUUGGCUUAAACAGCAGCACCCAAAAGACCUUUUCUGCAUCAUAGUGUUGGUUCAAAAUGGCAUUGCUACCUAUGCAACAUGGACAACCAUUGCCACACUGCUCAACUUCACUAUUGUGUUGGAUCUAGCAUCAGUUUCCCCAACAAAUGCUGCUACAGCUUCUUUAUGCAUACUUCUGUUGGAAGUAAUUAUAUGGUUUACAGUUGAAAACUUUCUAAUAGAGAAGCAUGUCCGUUACAUCCUCACCGUUUACCCUGUGAUUAUCUAUGCUCUAAUUGGAAGCCUAAGCAAGCAUUACGACGCAGCAGCACCUGGCCGGAACUUUUCAGCGGUGCUCCUCGUGUUGGCCUGUAUUGUGUUAGUGGUGCGCGUGGGGCUGGUGGUUUGGAGACACAGGACUCGGCCUCUCUACCGUGAAGUCAGUCCUGAGGUCCUGAUGUCACCAAACAGCGGCACCGAUAAAUAACCAUACAUCAUAAACACUCAACACUCAUAAACUUCAAAGAUGACAUGCCCUGAACGGUAACCCUUCCAGGUGUGCAGUACCUGCAUGAAUGUGUUUCAGCUGGAACAGAUGCUUUCAGAGUCUUCAGUUUUAUGGAAAAUAUGCAUGAAACAGCAUACGGUAGCAAUAUUAAAUCUAUUCUGAACUUGAGCCAGGCCAUGUCUAAGAGAUUAAUUGUGCCUACACUACCAU